UGUUUGGCAUGGGCGGGUUCGGGCGGUGAAGGCCAAAAAGCUUUCACCUCUACUUGUGCACUGGUACGGUUACAGCGACGAAAGUUAUCGCAGAAGCUUGCAGAAUAUCUCCUCCCGUAUCUACUCGAGUAUCAAUUUGGAGUUCAAAAGGAUCGAAGCUCAGCCUGUCUGCAAAUUCGGCCAAGAACAGUAUUUGGAGCUUUUAGGUCUAGCUUGUGGCCUAUGGCAUAAUUAUUCCCUUUCGGUGUUCAGAUUAAUUUUAGGAAGUUAAACAGCUGACAUGCAUAAUUCUUCCACUGGAUCGACUUCUAAGCCGAAAGGCAGCUUGUCAGUGAGUUCUGACGUGUCUUUCAAGCGCAAGCGAGGAGUAUUUCAGAAAGAUUUGCAGCACAUGAUGUAUGGUUUUGGAGAUGAUCCCAAUCCGCUUCCAGAAACUGUUGCCCUUCUAGAGGACAUCGUUGUUGAAUAUGUCACAGAUCUGGUGCACAAAGCACAAGAUAUUGCAACAAAAAGGGGGAAGCUUUUGACUGAGGAUUUCCUAUUUCUAAUCCGCAAGGAUUUGCCAAAACUUCAUCGGUGUACAGAACUUCUGUCUAUGAAUGAGGAGCUAAAACAAGCAAGGAAGGCUUUUGAAGUAGACGAAGAGAAGCUGGCAGCAGAUUGAAAUGGGUGUACCCUGAAAUCUGAAUGUGUUCCCUGAAAUCUGAAUUGCUUCUUUUUCUUGUGCUGCUGCACUUGAUUUGGGUCUCUGAAAUGUAUGAUUGCUUUGUAAAUUAUGGUUCCCGUUUCUAUAAACCUAGUUAUGUCUGUUGUAGAA